GGAAAAUCGUUGGGUGUCGGGUGUCGGCUAAUUUGUUCCGUCUUAAAAUGUAUUUUUGCAUUGACGAUAAAUUAGCUAAAUAAAUAAAAGUAUAUAUUUGACACACCCAAUCGGUGUGGAACCAAGAUGUUUGUUGAUACUGAGAUACUGAAGGCUAUUUCAUUUAAGGAAACAGCCAAAUUACCAUGUCGCUAUUGGGUUUUGGUGUUUCUCAGAUUUCUGUACACCAUCCUUCCGCAGCGCGGCUACAUACACCCGGACGAAUUUUUUCAAAAUGUUGAAGUGAUUGCAGGCGAUAUCUUCUCAAUCGACGUAUCAAAAACAUGGGAAUUCGACCCAAAGUUUCCAAUCAGAAAUAUAUUAGUGCCUAAAAUGAUACUCGGUCCGCCACUUCACUUCAUCCAAUUCUUCAACCCUUACUUUAAACACUAUGUUGGAAUUGAUCUGAAAACACCAUACUAUUUGUUGGUGAUACCGCGACUUUUUAUAUGUUUCUUGUCCCUUAUAAAUGACUUCUGUUUGUACAGAAUUUGCGUCUUAUACGGACAAAAUUUCAGGCACAGACUUACUAUAUUCGCCAGCUCAUACGUGGUCUUUGUCUACUGUUGUAGAAGUUUUUCAAACACGUUUGAAACGAUAUUGUUUUCGAUGCUGCUCCUCAUUGUCGCAGAAUCCAUGCAGAAGUCUGAUAAAGUCAUUUAUCAUAAUGAAUUUCUAAAAGAAAAGUAUGAAAAUGCUGCUACAACUGUCGAAAAAGUAAAGAUUUUUAAACUGUCGACACAUUUACCGCAGCAUUCAUUGAACAAUGUGAUCAUUUUAGCCACAAUCGUGGUUAUUGGUAUUUUCAAUCGUCCUACAUUCGUAUGUUUUGCUUUUGCUCCCAUUUUCUUUUGGCUCCAUCGGGGAUUGGGUUCCACAGUGGUGGGGUUCAAAGAUUUCCACUUUAGGAUAUUUACGUUCAUAGUGUGUGGAAUACCCUCGGCGUUGUUGCUUAUCCUGGUAGAUUCCGGAUACUAUGGGUACAUAACGAUGGCGGACGUAGAGUCGCUACAGAUAUCUUGGGACAAUUGGGUGGUAACACCGCUUAACUUCCUACGGUACAACUCUGAUACCGGGAACCUGAAGAAGCACGGCCUGCACCCACGCUGGUUGCACGUGGUCGUCAACGUCCCGCUGCUGUUCAACGUGCUCGGAGUUCUGGCUACUAUUAUGCUAUCUAUCAAUGCGUACAGAUUCGUUCGCGGCCAAUACAGCAAAUUACCAAGAAUCCAAAGUAUCACUGGCCUAAUGAUGUUCUCUCUAGUCAUACCUAUUGGAGUGCUUUCUUAUUUUCCACACCAAGAAGCUCGUUUCAUCGUCCCGGUUCUAGUACCACUGAUUUACCUGUUCGGCAACUACCUCUAUUCUAACGACAUCGAGGGAAGGUUUACUAGAAAGUGGAAAUUCAUAUUCCGAUACGUUUGGUAUUUAAUUAAUAUUUUACUUGCUAUAUUUUUCGGUUUCAUCCAUCAGGGAGGCAUAUAUCCGUUAGCCAAAAGCAUUCAUCAAGAUCUUAAGAGAACCAGCAACUAUGGGCAACAUACCUACGUUGUAACGACGCACAGUUACAGCAUACCGACAUAUUUACUCCAAUUGGAGAGCACCACCAAAGUGUACAAAGACAAGAAGACAGGACACAAGUACCGACUGUCGCCUACCACGUUCAUACACAAGUACGGAUCUAUACCUGUAGAGGCAUUAUUUGAUAAGGUGGAUACCAUGCUGACUAACGCCGAAAGACUGAAGGCCGAACACAAUAAGAAUUACAAGUUCAAUAUUGUCACUCCAUGUUCUCUGGAUAUUCAAGUGAAGAAGACUGCAGCUAGAUACAAUUACUUCAAGUUAGACCAGGUGGCUUCUUACUUCCCACACUUUAGUUCUGAAGCGCUCCCUACGUUUCCUGGGAUAAGACACGAAUAUUGUGCCAGAAAUUCUAGCGUUCCACCUCACAAAAUGAUUCUCGCAGAAAGACUAGGAUGUUAUUUAUCAAUGUAUUGUCUUAAACAUUAUCAGGUUAGGGUAAUAGCAACAAAACUUUAUUGAGAUUGUGUACUCGUAUGUAUUUGGGCCAGUUUGCAAUUCCA